AUGAAGGCUGCCAUCAAUAGAAGUCCCUUCUUGCGUCAGAUACGAAGAAGACCUUUGAGUGUGCUGGGUCCAUUGGCCGUGUUGGCUCUUUUCUAUUAUCUAUUCUUCACAUCAAGUAAAGCACCAUCAAAAUAUAGUUACAAGACUAAAAAAAAUGGAUUUUUCAGUAGACAACAUGAUGUUAUUCCAAGAAAUUUACCAGGUGAUCAUAUUGCUCAUUAUGAUUUGAACAAAUUGGCAUCCACACCUAUGGCUGUUUAUAAUAAAGAAAAAGUUUUAAUUUUAACUCCAGUUUCAAGAUUUUUCAAUGAAUAUUGGCAAAAUUUAUUAAGAUUAACUUAUCCAAGAGAAUUAUUAGAAUUGGGAUUUAUUGUUCCAAGAAAUAAAGAUGGUGAUUUAGCUUUGAAGAAAUUAGAAAAAGCUAUUAAACAAAUUCAAACUGGUAAAAAGGAGAAUCGUUUUAGUAAAAUUACUAUUUUAAGACAAGAUACUGAAUCAUUAGAUAAUCAAGUUGAAAAGCAUAGACAUGCUUUGAAAGUUCAAAAAGAUAGAAGAGCUUCAAUGGCAUUAGCUAGAAAUUCAUUAGUUUUCAGUGCUUUAGGUCCAUAUACAAGUUGGGUCUUGUGGUUAGAUUCAGAUAUUGUUGAAACUCCAUCAACAUUGAUUCAAGAUAUGGUUUCUCAUGAUAAACCUGUGAUUAGUGCUAAUUGUUACCAACGUUAUUUUGAUGAAGAGAAGAAGCAAGAUUCUAUCAGACCUUAUGAUUAUAACAAUUGGGUUGAAUCUGAAGAAGGUUUAAAAAUUGCUGAAAAUAUGGCUGAAGAUGAAAUUAUUGUGGAAGGUUAUGCUGAAAUUGCUACAUAUAGACCAUUGAUGGCACAUUUCUAUGAUCCUAAUGGAGAUGUCAACACUGAGAUGGAAUUGGAUGGUGUUGGAGGUGCAGCUGUUUUGGUUAAAGCUGAUGUUCAUAGAGAUGGUGCCAUGUUUCCUCCAUUCCCAUUCUAUCAUUUGAUUGAAACUGAAGGUUUUGCCAAAAUGGCAAAGAGAUUGGGAUACCAGGUGUUUGGGUUACCAAACUACUUGGUUUACCAUUACAAUGAAGCUUAG